GCUGUUCCUCUCUCUUGUUCUUCGUUGAUAGUCACGAUACGACACGACACGAUACAAUACCCACUCAUUAGCCUCGCGAGAUAUACUCAAUCACGCCAGCCAGCUACCCACCUACCCACCUACCCACCUAGGCGGAGCUCCACUCCGUUGAAUCGGCCUCGGACGGGGGUAAGGGUGCUGAGAUCCUUCGAGCCCAGCGUCUAGAGUGACAAAACGCAGGGCUUUGCCGAGCCCUUCAUCCGAAGCUACAUAUUUACUCGGGAGUUACUCUUUACUUACUUCCGUUUGACUUGCACGUCUUCCCCUACCUCCCUUGUCUCCCUCCUCGCCGCGAAAGUUUGAGCGCUGGAAAGCAGACGCUCGGUUUCUGUUCGUCUGUCUGUUUGUUUGUCCCCACUCUCACUCCACUCCACUCGACUCGACUCCUCCCGCGGAAACACAAUGUCGGAAGGAAACGUUAAGCCGCCUGUCGUGGCUGAGGCUCAUGAGGUGGACACGUUCCAUGUCCCCAAGGCUUUCUUUGACAAGCACCCGCACUCGAAACCGCACCUCGACGGGCUCGAAGACUACCAGAAGCUGUACAAAGAGUCGAUUACGGAGCCAAAGCAGUUCUGGGCGCGGCAGGCGCGCGAGCUGCUCUCGUGGGAGCGCGACUUCCAAACAGUCCACGCCGGCAGCUUUGAGCACGGCGACAACGCGUGGUUCGUCGAGGGCAAGCUGAACGCCAGCUACAACUGCGUCGACCGCCAUGCGUUUAAGAACCCGGAUAAACCCGCCAUUAUAUACGAGGCUGACGACGCGGGGGAUGGCCGUAUCAUCUCGUACGGCGAGCUGCUGCGUGAGGUGUCGAAGCUCGCCUAUACUCUCAAGGAGAUGGGUGUUAGGAAGGGUGAUACGGUUGCGCUUUACUUGCCUAUGAUUCCGGAGGCUGUUAUUGCGUUUUUGGCCUGUACGCGAAUCGGCGCUGUGCAUUCGGUUGUUUUCGCGGGCUUCUCGUCUGAUUCCCUGCGCGACCGUAUUAUUGAUGCGGAGUGCAAGGUGGUGAUUACCACGGACGAGGGCAAGCGCGGCGGAAAGGUGAUUGGCACGAAGAAGAUUGUUGACGAGGCGCUCAAGCAAUGCCCCGGCAUCAGCCACUGCCUGGUCUUCAAGCGCACGGGGGCUGAGAUCCCAUGGACAAAGGGACGAGACUGGUGGUGGCACGAGGAGGUGGAAAAGUACCCCAACUACAUCGCGCCCGAGUCGAUGAGCUCAGAGGACCCCCUCUUCCUGCUCUACACGUCGGGCUCGACGGGCAAGCCAAAGGGCGUAAUGCACACGACGGCCGGCUACCUCCUGGGCGCGGCACUGACGGGUAAAUACGUCUUUGACAUUCACGACAACGAUGUUUUCUUCUGCGGCGGCGAUGUGGGCUGGAUCACGGGACACACUUAUGUUGUGUAUGCACCUCUUCUGCUGGGUGUGGCGACAGUUGUGUUUGAGGGUACGCCGGCGUAUCCCAAUUUCUCGCGCUACUGGGAUAUCGUCGACAAGUACAACGUCAGCCAGUUCUACGUUGCGCCUACUGCGCUGCGACUGCUCAAGCGGGCUGGUGAUCACCACGUCAAGCACAAGAUGAAGAACCUGCGGAUUCUGGGGUCUGUCGGCGAGCCGAUUGCGGCCGAGGUCUGGAAGUGGUACUUUGAAACGGUCGGCAAGGAAGAGGCACACGUUGUGGAUACUUACUGGCAAACCGAGACUGGAUGUCACGUCAUCACACCACUGGGUGGUGUUACACCUACAAAGCCUGGAUCCGCGUCUCUUCCUUUCUUCGGCAUCGAGCCCGCUAUCAUCGACCCCGUGUCCGGCGAAGAGAUCCACGGCAACGAUGUUGAGGGUGUGCUGGCCUUUAAGCAGCCGUGGCCCAGCAUGGCUCGUACAGUCUGGGGAGCACACAAGCGAUACAUGGACACAUAUCUGAAUGUGUACAAGGGCUAUUAUUUCACUGGAGACGGUGCAGGACGUGACCACGAGGGCUACUACUGGAUUCGAGGCCGUGUCGACGAUGUUGUAAACGUCUCCGGCCACCGACUGUCGACUGCUGAGAUCGAGGCCGCGCUCAUUGAGCAUCACCAAGUCGCCGAAGCCGCAGUGGUGGGUAUUUCAGACGAGUUGACUGGUCAGGCAGUCAACGCGUUUGUAUCGCUCAAAGAAGGCACCGAGACAAGCGACCAGGUCAAGAAAGACCUGAUUCUCCAAGUGCGCAAGUCGAUCGGACCGUUUGCCGCGCCAAAGGCUAUUUUCGUGGUGCCAGAUCUGCCCAAGACACGGUCUGGAAAGAUUAUGCGGCGCAUUAUGCGGAAGAUUCUGGCGGGCGAGGAGGACCAGCUGGGCGACAUCACGACGCUCUCGGAUCCGUCGGUUGUUGACAAAAUCAUCGAAAUUGUGCACGAGGCCAAGAAGAAGUAGUUGGCUUGGAAACGCAGCAAGGCGGGGGCGGGAGCGAAUGGGAUGGGCAGGGAGUGUUUGGUUGAUCGCCGUAGCGCUGGCCGAGUUUGGGCGCGAGGGUGCUGCAGGCGGGAGAGUGGAUCUAACAGUCAGACUACGGCUGAUGCAUUGUGUGCUGCGAAUAGCACGCUGUCUUGGAUGAAUGAGGGAGUGUUUGUUUGAUCUUGAUUGCCGUCUGUGUGCAAGUGCUCGGUCUGCAAGUGAUCUGUGUGCGAGGGGUGACGGGUCGAACGGCUGGGUAGGACAGCAACAGGGAGCGCCAUGGGU